UUUCAAAUUUAGCAGCUCUUGUUCUUGUGGUUGUCGCGCUCAAACUGCUAGCGCGUGUUAGCCUAGCAUGCUCGCUUCAGACACGAAGAAUUAAACUAUUCCAAGCAGCCAUCCCAAAUGACCAUAAUAUUUACCUGUCAGGAUAAUGUUCUUGAGUCAAUCAUGACCUCACUGUCAUCAUCAUCAUCAUCUCAGUUAACGGGGUCAAGCUCUACGUGCAGGGCUCUGCCAGGGGAGGGGAGUCAGGUCCAUCCCAGGGCUCCACUCCUGCAGAUCCUAAGAGUAGCAGGUGCUCGGGAGGAGGUGUUUACCCUGAAGGAGGUCAUGCACUACCUAGGUCAGUAUAUCAUGAUGAAGCAGCUGUAUGACAAACAAAUGCAGCACAUCGUCCACUGUCAAGAUGACCCACUCGGAGAGCUGCUUGAAGUGGGAAGUUUUUCUGUGAAGAACCCCAGCCCUGUGUAUGAGAUGUUGAAGAGGAAUUUGUUUAUAUUGAAUAGUCCUGAUGCAGCAAAGAAUCUUUCAGUCGGCAAGGAUUCUAAUGAGUCUCCAAGUGAAGAUCCCGGUCAGGUGUCUAGUGGGAUGAAUAGCUCUGGACAGGCUCUCAGCGCUAGGAGUGCCAGCACGAGUGCAACACAGAGCUCCUCACAUCGCAGGCCACGCCAUCCUGAUGAGGAUUCUUCAGAUGGCUUACCCAGGUCUGCUUGUAAGCGCCCAAAGUUGGAUGUGACUCUGGAAGAGUGGGACCUUUCUGGGUUGCCCUGGUGGUUUCUGGGUAACCUGCAAAGUAAUUACACUCGCCGUAGCAAUGGUUCGACAGAUAUCCACACCAAUCAACUCUCUCCUGGACAGGACGAGGACACGGCCAUAGUGUCUGACACCACAGAUGAUCUGUGGUUCCUGAAUGAGGCAGAGAGCGAGCAGGUAAGCGUAGAGAUGAAGGAGGCCGUAUUGGAGCAGGGUAGUGAUGCAGAGUCUCCACAUGAAGAAGAGGAGACUGGGCAAGACAGUAAAGAGGACAGAAAGAUGCAAGAAGAACAGGAUGAGGACUCUCAGUGUUUGAGUGAUGACACUGAUACUGAGAUCUCCACACAGGAUGCAUGGCAAUGUUCUGAGUGCCGUAAAUUCAACACCCCGCUCCAACGGUACUGCAUGCGCUGCUGGGCUCUGCGAAAAGACUGGUACAAGGACUGUACCAGACUUUCUGUGCCAGACAUCCCUGCUUGCAGUUCCCAUCCUCAGAGAUAUGAAGAUAAGGAUGAUGAUGAUGGAAUCGACAUGCCUGAUUGCCUCAGGACAGUGUCUGACCCGGUCGUCCUCCCGUCACACCAUGCCUCUCGAAACAUCCCCCCUUCGUCCUCAUUCACAUCCAAAGGGAAGGGUCCUUCCCAGCUUCAUCUCCACUCUCAAGAGAGCUCAGAGGGUGACAGCCAGGACAUGCUUGACAUGGAUACGGAAUGUCAACUGGAGGCCAUGCUUGAACCCUGCAAGCUGUGCCGAGUGCGUCCGCGAAACGGCAACAUCAUCCAUGGCCGCACGGCUCACUUGAUCACCUGCUUCCCCUGUGCCCGCAAGCUGCACAAAUUUAAUGCGCCUUGCCCGGGCUGUGGCCAGAUUAUACAGAAGGUCAUCAAGACAUUCAUAGCAUGACAAAAAUGGGGAAUAAAUUAAAGGCACUUAUGUGUUACACACACACACUCAAUCUCCCUGUACAUACUGAAGGACCAUUGCUGGGCUAAAAUGAAAAUAUAGUAGAGUGUUCUGUAAUGAUUUAUGUUGUACAAAGCAAGCAUACAUUUUGUACAGAAACAGAAUAUAAUUUAACCUAUAUCUGUGACAUAGAAACUGGCCUCAAAUGGAUGGUUUGCUGUUGUUUUGUUAAUGUAACUUGGCUAAAGAAAAAGUAAUCUGUUUCCAUCCUCUUUUCAGGUGAAGGAGAGAGUUAGCCACCAUGACUCGACACUCGAGUGGUAAGGUAUGAAGGUCAGAAAAUCAUAAUGGGCCUAAAAGAAAUUUAUGAUUUUAGUAGAUGUGCCUGCAUCAACACAAUUCAAAUCCUAGCCUUUAGUGCUUGUACAGUCCAGACACAGGCUGUUAAAGCUUGUGUCUAAAAGCCCUUUCUAUGUUCUUGACCAAUUUUUAGUGUAGAAUAAAAAGAAUAUAAUUUAGUUUUUCCACCUCCAAAUUUCAGGCACUUAAAGACUAAAGCCCUAGGUAGGCACGACUGCAGAGUGAUGUCUGGUUGAGCUGGUAGAGGAUACUUGAGACAGGUGCUUAAAACAGAUAUACAUGAAUAUUUAUUUAUUUAUAAACUUUAAUUUUUGGAUAUGACAUUCUGAUGGUAUGACCAGUCAACAGUUGCAUGGUGAGAAGAACGAGUUGUUUUACAGAUCACAAAGUAUUAAAACACCUCUGGUAUUGUACAGGAGCUUCAUCUAUAUUUGGAAAAGCUUAGUUUUGGGCUGAUGUGUUGAAGAGACCAUGGUUCUUGCUUCCUAACUCUUAGUUGCUUAAGAGGCUCAGUUCCUUAUUGUUUUAUUUGUUUUUAAUUAUCCCAAGCAUUGCUAUACCUAAAUAAAUCUGAUAUAUAAUUGGCUUCUCCAUCUGUGCUUUUGAUUCAGUUCCCUCUUUCCCCUCAUUGACAUGUGCCUGUUUACAGAAGGUUAUGAAACGUUAUGCUGCAUACAGUAUAUGAGUGUCUUUAGUGCAAGGGUUUCUUUGGUCUUUAUUUUUUUCCAGAUGUUCUGCAUGGAGUUGCAAGGAGAUGACAUUUAUGCCAUAUUUUUAGUUAAAAUACAGUACUUAAAUGUUUUAAAAGGUCACCUGUAUUGUUGGCAGUAUCGGAACAGUGGAGCACUGCUGUAUAAAGUAUUUUGCGAGUUUAUGUGGGAUAUUAGGGGUAUCGUCCUGUACUGUUCUUAGUCCUGCUUUAUGUUUCCAGAACCAAAGUGUAUUGUUCAGUCUCAGUUGUAAAUUCUGUUUAAUAAUGUCCUUAGCCACCAGAGGAUGAUGAAGCUUUAUAUACCACACACAGUAAAUCCAUUGUAUAUUUUUUUUGUUUAGCUAAAAUUAAGCUUAUAUCUUGUCAGUGCUGUGCAAUACACCAAUUGAGAAUGCGAUUAUGAAAUUAGUAGUCCAUUUUAAUUUAAUUGUCUUGCACAGUGUGUGGUACAAAAACUGCUAUUUCACUGCCAUUAUGCCUCGUAGUAUCUUAUCUGAAAUUCAUCAUAAGUCAAUGUAAUUAUAUAAUGAAGGUAAUUUGUGUUAAUAUUGUUUUGUUUUUUUUUUGUUCUUAUUUCUGGUCUGAAACAAUCUGGGCAUUUUUUUUUUUUUUUCUCUCUUAAUAAAUGAUCUAACUAAUAAUAAUGAAAUGUGCUGUU